AUGGAAAAAAACCUUGCACUUGAGCUUCAACUGAGAAGAUUGUUCAUAGAGCAGAGAAUUAACAAUAGAGGUAGCAAAACUUCGAACAUUGUAGAGAAGGUCAACGGAUGGCGAAGUCAGCGAGGAGGAUCGUGUCUAAGCUACGGCCACUCCUGUUGGGGCGCCCAUGGAAAACGAUCAGGCAAGCCUCCUGGAUUAGCCCCCGACUGGUAUCUCAGCAGGCUUCUUCGACGCAUGGCGGCUAGCGCUGAACUGAAUCGCAUGAAACAACUGUCUGCCAAGAACGACGACAUCAACGCCAUCUAUCAGCUGGAUAUACCAGAUGACUCAUCCACAGACAACAAACUUAUUGUGGACAACGAUGAAGGCCCAAUAGAAUUACCCCAGAGCGGAAAUCUGGAAGCCAAACCUAUGCUGGAUGAAAACCUUCUAACGAAGAUGAAGCUUUGGCAAAUUAUGAGAGCAUCGCCUGAAGAGAAUUAA